UACAAAACAUUGUACCAAUCUUCAACGCUUCCACGAUUUGGGGGUGGAGACUGGGGAGAUAUUCCGACGAGCUCAACUUCUCCGAUCAAUGGCGCCCAGGAAGACCAAGACCGACGGAGAGGAGAAGUCGAAGCCUGUGACGGCGUCGCUGAGGGUGACUCGGAGCAUGGUUCGCCGGACUCGGAGCUCGACUCAGCGGAACGGUGCUAACUCGACCGGGUCCGCCACCAAGCUCGUGAACACUAGCUCUUCUGCCAAGAAGGCUAAGAGGAAGACAAGGAAGGAGGCUGGGAAGAGGAAGGAAGAGGAUACGAAAGAGAACGCAACGGAGGAAGGUGUUGCUUCUGAGGAUUCUAAGAAAAAUACCAUUGUGAUCGAACACUGCAAACAAUGCAAUUCUUUCAAGACGAGGGCGAUCCAGGUGAAAGAGGGCUUGGAAGAAGGUGUUCCUGGCAUCACUGUGAUUGUGAACCCUGACAAGCCGAGGAGGGGCUGCUUUGAGAUUCGGGAGGAAGGUGGCCAGAAAAUCAUCAGUCUUUUGGAUAUGAAGCGACCAUUUGCAGAAAUGAAGGCGCUGGACAUGAAAGAAGUCAUUGCAGACAUCAUAGAGAAGAUUAAAUGAGAAAAUGUUUUCAGACCUCAAGUGGUUGUGCAGCCUUUUUUUGUUUCUACCUCGGCCCGACCAAGUAGGCUUCUGAUCCGACCUUCUAAUGCAGCUGCGGUAUUCGUUAUUUUGUUAGGUUCGGUUUUGUUGUAAGCUCAGGAAUACAGGCUCGUCGUUUAGGUCCUGCUGAUUGAAAAUGAUCCAUGCUAUUUGGGAUUAACUCGUAAUGCUAGUUUGAUUCCAUCUCUUUUUGCUUGAAGAGCAAACCUUCGGUUCGCCUGUUGCAUUGGAUAGAGUUCUUUUAAACUUUCUAUGUCUGGAUCAAACACGGAGUUUCCGAUUUCUGCGUUUUCAUCCAAUUCAUAUGGUCAUGUCUC